GUCCCCGUAAGAUGAGCCAGUGCUUAAUUUUCUCACGUUCCAACUUGGGCCAAAUGUUAGGUGCUUGUGGACCCAUCUCUAUCCCGUCUUCCUCCCACCCUCCGUACUAUAAAACACAUCACUUCUCGGUUUCUCUUGCCCACAUUGAUUCCCACGCAUGCCUACCAUUGCUUCUGCUCAUGUCGACACAAGCAUCAUCCCCUCUUUCUCCAUAUCUUUCUUCGAUUCUUCUUCUUCUUCUUCUUCAUCUUUAUGUCUCUGUUUCUUUUGCAGACCCAACUUCCAUUUACAGCCCCUUCCUCGACUGUCUAACCAAACACGCGGAUCCAUCCGACGAUCUCUCCGACAUUGUAUACGCAAAAACAAAUGUUUCCUACACUUCAAUCCUUGAAAAUUACAUCAGAAAUGCCAGAUUCAACACUUCCUCAACCCCAAAACCCUCCAUCAUCGUCACCCCUUCCAAGGAAUCCCAUGUCCAAGCCACUGUAAUUUGCGCCAAAUACAUCGGAGUUCAAAUCAAAAUCCGGAGCGGUGGCCACGAUUAUGAGGGCACCUCCUACGUCUCCGACCAAACCUUCAUCAUCCUCGACCUCUUCAACCUCAGAAACAUCUCCGUCGACAUCCCAAACGAGGUUGCCGUCGUUCAGUCGGGGGCCACCCUCGGAGAGUUAUAUUACCGUAUCUGGGAAAAAAGUAAGGUUCAUGGAUUCCCUGCAGGGGUGUGUCCCACCGUCGGCGUGGGAGGUCAUCUGGGCGGAGGAGGGUACGGCAACAUGCUUCGAAAAUACGGCUUGUCUGUGGAUCAUAUUAUUGAUGCUACGAUUGUCGAUGUGAACGGUAGAAUAUUAAACAAGGAUUCCAUGGGAGAAAAUCUUUUCUGGGCUAUUAAAGGAGGAGGAGGCGGCAGUUUUGGGGUUAUACUGUCCUUCACUGUUAAACUCGUUCGCGUGCCAGAAACUGUAACUGUCUUCCGAGUUCAGAAGACACUGGAAGAAAAUGCCACCGAUCUCGUGGUUCAGUGGCAAGAUGUUGCUCCUCAAACAGAUGACAGGCUUUUCAUGAGGCUGCUUUUACAGCCCGUGACUUCUAAGGUGAACAAGAAUCAGAAAACAGUGAGAGCUUCCGUGGUGACAUUGUUUCUCGGACGGUCCGAUGAACUGGUGACACUAUUGGAGAAGGAGUUUCCUCUGCUGGGUCUGAAGAAAGAAAACUGCAACGAAACGAGCUGGAUUGAUUCUGUGCUUUGGUGGGCAAAUUUCGCUUUGGGAACAAAGCCAGAAGUGUUGCUCGACAGGAAGCUGAACUCCGCGAACUUCCUCAAGAGGAAAUCAGAUUAUGUUCAGACGCCAAUCUCCAGAGCUGGUCUGGAGUGGAUAUGGAAGAAGAUGAUAGAGCUGGGGAAAACAGGGUUUGUUUUCAAUCCUUACGGAGGAAGAAUGAGCGAGAUUCCGUCAGAUGCGACGGCGUUUCCUCAUCGAGCAGGGAAUCUGUUCAAGAUUCAGUAUUCGGUGAAUUGGAACGAAGCAGGAAGUGCAGCGGACAAGAAUUUCACAAGUCAAGCGAGAAGGCUGUACAGUUAUAUGACGCCAUUCGUGUCGAAGAAUCCAAGGAGCGCCUUCUUGAAUUACAGGGACCUGGAUAUCGGGAUCAAUCAUUUUGAGGAGAACAGCUUCGAAGAAGGUCAAGUUUAUGGAAGAAAAUACUUCAACGACAACUUGGAGAGGCUGGUGAAGGUGAAGAGCGCUGUGGAUCCCCAAAACUUUUUCAGAAACGAGCAGAGCAUACCCGUGCUUCCAAAAUAGUUAUGAGGAGGGUGAUCGAGCAACGAAGCAGAUUCCUCCGAACACGAUUAUGUUUGAUUAUUGCAGAAUUUCCUUUUUUUAUUAUUUAAUUUUCAAUCAUUAAAAUCUAAACAUUGUACUGUAACUAGGCUCAUAGCGAUAAUAAAGAUAUUAAGAUUGUGCAAA